AUGACAAAUUUAAAAAAAUUUUUUCUAUAUUCUGUAAUUUACAUAUUAUGUGUAUCUUCUUUUAUAAUCAGUUCAACUAACUUUAGUUCCAAUGAAAAGACUAUAGAAAAAAGAAAUGUAAAAAGAUCAAUAAAAGAAAUAAAUAGUUUAAAAUAUGAUAGUGAAAUAAUGGAUGAUUUAUCUUCAUAUGACAGACAAAAAAGAAAUAUAAAAAUAAAACCAAGAAAGUAUAAAUGGAAUUUAGCAAUCAAGUAUUUUAUCCAAUAUCCUUUAAAUCGUUGGUUGAUAAAAAGAGUAUUAAAGACUAUUGAACAAUCAACAUGUCUAAGAUUUAAUAUUGUAAAUAGUUUAAAUUCUUUUGCAUAUGGUAUUAAUUUUUAUUCUUCAUGUGAUUGUAAUAGUCCAUUAGGAAGAAUGUUUGAAAAAGGUUGGCAAAAUAUAGGUAUUGGAGAUCAAUGUUAUAAUCAUGGAGGAGUAUUACGUUUAGUAUUACGUACAUUAGGAGUAAUUUAUGAACAUAAUCGGAUCGAUCGAAAUUUUUAUGUAAAAGUACAUCCAGAAAAUAUGUAUCCAAAAGAUUUUACAAAUUUUGAGAUAUCGAGAACUACUGCAAUUAACAAUUUACAUUUACCUUAUGAAUAUGGAUCUUUAAUGCAUUUUGGAAUGUAUAAUUUUAGUAAAAAUGGAGGUAAAACAUUAUCUCUAAGAGAUCAUCAUUAUGAAUAUACCGUAGGACAACAGGAAGUACUUACUUUCAAUGAUAUCAAAACAUUAAAUAUGUAUUAUUGUUCCAAUAUAUGUAAAUUUAAAAUAAUAUGUAACAAUCAUGGAUAUCAAGAUCCUAAUGAUUGUAAUAAGUGUAUAUGUAUUGAUGGGUUUGAUGGUAAUCGUUGUGAAUAUCACAAAGUAUUACGAGGAUGUACCGUACCUGUAUUGACGGUUAAACGUGAACCUAGAUUUCUUAAGUUUUAUGGAAAAGAAAAUUGUUUUUAUCAUUUAAAGGCAAGUAGAUUUAAAAAAAUUAAAAUUGUUAUUUUAAAAAUUAGAAUGAGAUCUAUAUAUCCUUUAACAUGUUCAGUAUAUAAUUCCUUUGAAGUAAAAUAUUGGAAAGACAAAACUAUAGUGGGUGCAAGAUUUUGUCAACAAAGAUUUCCUAAAUAUAUUAUAUCACAUAAUAAUUAUGUUAUUCUACAUUAUAAUAGUUUUGAACAGGCUAGCUAUGUUCAUAUGUAUUUUAAAGGUACAUUUAGAUAA